CAGAACUCAGCGAAGAGAAACGCGUCUCUCAGAUUCCAAACCUCCACUUUCCCUUUUGAUUUUUUUUUUUUUUCUCGUUGUCGGAUCAUAAUAUCUGGGAAUUCGAGGUUUCUCGAUUGGUGGAUUCUUGUUGGAUACGAUCCGGGGAUUUUCUGUUUAUGCUAAUCGUUUGUCGAAUUUUUUAAUUUUCCCGAGAAAAUUUGAGAGUUUUUUUCCCUUCGUCAAAGAAAACGCUGCCACUUAGCUACGAUCAAACUCAAACCCUGAAAAUCAAUCACUAGGAUCCAUAAAUUAUCAGUGGUCAGGGUUUUAUGGUUGAUCAGGUGGAUUGAAUUCGACAUGAAUUAAGAUCUCUAUCUUGUCCAGAUUCAUUUCGGAUUUGGGUCUACGUUCCAUUGAUAAAUAUCUCGUUGUGUUUGAGAUUUGCUUUCAUCUGAUUAUGGAUACGGCUCGUGGAGAGGUUAAGGAAGCUAAUGGGAGUGAAAGUAAGGCUAUUGUUAGUCUAAAUAGCACUGAAAUUGAAGAUCGAAUUUCCGAGGAAGAAGAGAGCGAGUCACAGUGUUUAUUGCCUCCAAGGAAAGGAGGGAUGUCGAGAAGUAACGACAAGAUUAAGAGGACUGUGCAGUGGAAUGACAACAAAGGAGACAAUCUUGCUGAGGUUUUAGUAUAUGAACCAAGCGAAGUAAGCGAUACAGAGGACGAUGAUUCAGAUUCCUGCAUCUGCACAAUUAUGUAGUCCUCAAACCCGCAAUCAACGGACAUUAACAUGGAGUUAACAAUGAGCUCGUCCUUGUAUCUUGUUUCUUUACAGCAAUCAGUUUUUGUUGAGUACAGAGGAACCAACUUAAGCGAUUGGACAUCACAGUCACGUAACUGUCUGAUAUUGUGCUCAGAAAUUCUGACAAAAAGCCAGUCCAAACGAGGGAUGUAGACUCAUACGAUAUAUAAGAUGGUGACAGGAGUGAGAGAGUAUAUAGAUUUAUAGAUUAAUGCUGUACUGUUCAAUGGAGAUCUUCAAAUCGAAGAUCUUUGAGUGCUGUUUGAUUUGACAGAUUUUGAUGGUAAACUAUAUAUGUCUUGUUGCAACAAUACACACUUUUUAAAUUGUAUAUGCAGCAAAU